CAACUUCAUUGACAUCCUUCUUCUCCAUUGUUUGAUGCUUCGCUAAACGGAUCUCUAGGCGUGCAUCGUUGGAAUAUCCCAUGCAGUGGAAGUUUAUUGACACCGGGUGAAGGUGUUCAUGAGGUCACGGCCCAUCAGCGCAGCACCAGGAUGUGAUGUCACGGCAGUAGCUGCCUCCCUGUCUUGUCCAGCUUUGUGUUUUUUGGGAGAGGGGCCCCUCGCUCCCACCCAGAGGACAGGACAUGUAUGAAGCGAAACCCCGGACGGUGGAGAAGAAGGAGUCGAGCACGGAAACAGAUGAAGGACUGGGCAACAGCGGGAGGCACUACACCUCCAGCUCCCUGGGCUCGUGUUCGGCCGGGUCCGGCUCCCUCUACCUGUCCGACAGUCAGGACUGGGUGGUUUCCCCCAGCUGCUCUCCAGACGAAACCCCCGCACAGAUCAGCUCCAUCUCUCCAAUGCUGGCCGAAGAGACUCUGCGCUACAUGACUUAUCUUGCUUUGGAGCCCUCUCCUUACUCCCAUCCCGGCUCUCAGAGCCUCUCCAAAGUCCUCGGUGCCGAUCGAGUCGAGCAGAUGACCAAAACCUACAAUGACAUUGAAGUGGUCACCCAUCUUUUGGCUGAGCGAGACAGAGAUCUGGAGCUUGCGGCUCGGAUUGGUCAGUCUCUUCUGCAGAGAAACCACCUGCUGCAGGAACGAAACGACGCCGUGGAGGAGCAGCUGGCGCAAGCAGUGGACCAGGUUCACCAGCUGCAGCAUGAGCUAAACAAGAAGGAUGAACUGCUCCGGAUCGUGGCCAGCGCCUCGGAGGAGGGGGAGCACGACCCCACCGUGUCGACCCCCCAGCAGCAGCCCCAGCUGCUGGGGGGGGCUGCCGCCGUCGCUGCGCUCGGCCAGCUGGAGCAGCUGCAGAACAAACUGGAGGAGCUGGAGGAGGAGAACCUGGCACUCAGGUCUGAGGCAUGUCAGCUGAAGCGAGACACCAUGACGUACGAGGAGAAGGAGCAGCAGCUGGUCAGCGACUGCGUCAAAGAACUGCGCGAGUCCAACAGUCAAAUGGUGUCUCUAACAGAUGAACUGUCUCAGAAGAACGAAGAGCUGCUCAGACACCAGGAGGAAAUCGCUCAGCUGCUUUCUCAGAUUGUGGAGCUGCAACACAGAGUGAAGGAGCUGGCUCUGGAGAAAGAAGAGCUGAGGAUCCACCUCCAGGCCUCCAAAGAUGCUCAGAGACAGCUCACAGCAGAGCUGAACGAGCUGGCAGAGAGGAACGCAGAGUGUGUGGAAAUGCUCCACGAGUCGCAGGACGAGAUCAGAGAACUGCGCAGUAGAAGCAGUCCCUCCUCCGGGAUGCGACGACAUCUUUCAUACGGCCUCUUCCCCAUGGAAUCGUUGGCAGCAGAGAUCGAGGGUUCAAUGAGGAGAGAGCUGAGCAUGGAUGAGGAAACAGCCUUUCAAGACCAAAGAAUUUCUCAAAAGAGAGUCUUCCAAACAGUCCGCUCGGUCAACGCCUCAGCAUCUCGCGCUGCUUUGGCUACCCCGCCCAUCCCCGGUUCUGGACAGAGUUCUCUAGUGAUGACCGCCCAACCUUUCCAGUCAGCACAAGGGGACGAGGUACAAAUGGGAAAGCCAGGACUACCAGGAGGAAAUGACCUCACCAAAGCUCUCCAUCGACUCUCUUUAAGGCGGCAGAACUUCCUGUCUGAGCGUCAGUUCUUCCAGGCGGAGCGUGAGAAGAAACUGCAGAAUCAGACGGGGGCAGAAGCCGACGGCGAGGGCAGCGACUGCAGCUCCCCGAUGGGCAGCGUGCUCUCCUCCUUUUCCAACCUCUCCGAUCUCACAGUCGGCUCCACUGUUUUUAAAACCUUCCUGCCGGAGAAGCUUCAGAUCGUCAAACCAAUGGAAGGCUCCCUGACGCUUCAUCACUGGCAGCAGCUUGCCCAGCCUCACCUGGCCACCAUCUUAGACCCGCACCCUGGGGUUGUGACGAAGGGUUUCAGACCCCUGGCUCAGGAUGCCAUGUUCCAGCUGUCAGACAUGGAGGAAGACGAGGAGGCUGAAGAGCACAGAGAGACUGCUGCCCUUGAGAAAGGAACAGCCGAAAAGGGUAAAGAGGAGCUGGAUGAGGAAGAGGAGGAAUGCGGGAUAACCUUCAACGUACGCUGUUCAUCCACACCUGAGGACAGAAACCAUCCUGUUGCACCUCUCCCCUCGAUCCAAUCAACAUCACCUGGAGCGCCUUCCACUUCCUCCUUUGUCCCUUCGGACCUCUGUUUGACACCCAAUCACGUCACAGAGAAAUCCAACCAAUUGGCUCUCCCCAUUCCAGGAGCUUCUACAACUACUGUCCAAUCACAAAGUAGAGCUUCCACCUCAACAUCUUCUUCUUGUGUCCAAAACCCAGGAAAGAGUCAGAGCUCCACCUUCUCGACCUACACCUUCACAACCUGUCGUAUUCUCCACCCUACUGACAUCACACAGGUCACACCAAGCUCUCAGUCGUCCGUUUCAGCAAACACGCCCAGCUCCAUGAGAACGGGUCCCAGUACUCCGGUAACUCCCUGCAGGCUGAGUUUGGGUGACUCCUUCCCGCCUCGACGCCCUCCAGCUCCCCCAUGUGGUCUGGCCAAACUGGUCCUAGAGAGAGGUAUUUCUGCACAGGUUUCCUCUGAUGUACCCUCCCCAUUGCCCAGAUCUGCUCCAAGGCAACCCCUGUUGCGACUCAUGCCAAGCACACCGCCCAACUCCCCCUCUCACUCUCCCACUCCCUCACCGUUGCCUACGGAGCCUCGCCAACAUCCGUCUGACAAUUUUCUAGCCUCGCGGCCUGCAGAGCUUUUUCUCCAAGAUGUGUACGGGUUGAAUCUGGGCCGAGCACCACAUCCUGACCUGCCCAGCCCUUCCCAGGAAACCCCCAGCCUCUCCUCUUGUUCUAAGCCAGGCCGUGACAAGGCCAACCCACCCAGCGUUAGUCUGGUAGAAAGACUUCGUCGUUUGGGGUUCACUAAGGUGCUGCACAAUUCAGAAUCUGACACUCCAGUGCCACACCAAGAGUCUGCCACGUUUGUGUCGGCAGGCGGUGGAAGUCUGAUGGACGGCCUGCGGCGCAAUCAGAGUCUCCCGGCGAUGAUUGGCGCCAGAGCAGGUAGUAAGUCGACCGGACAUCCUCCUCAUCCAACCUCCCUGGCUAUCCCCCCGCCACCUUGGGGAAACCUUAAAGAACGACGCCGGCAUCUUGCCUCCAUCUCGCACCCUCCAAGAAGUUCAAAACACUAAAGGAAGGAGCCACACAUCGCUAACACCUCCACUUACUCCAUUUCCUUUCUGCCUUUUGGAGAGAGGAGUCAGGGAAUCAGCAGGAAGAACAGUCCCUCCUUUUCAUGACGCCGGUUGAAAGCACAAUUGAACUCACCUGUUUUUAGUGAUGCUGAGUUUUCUCAAUGUACUCAUCCGACGUGACGCUUGGCCUUAGCUUGACUCUUGCGUUGGGUUUGCAUUUCAGUAAUUCUCGUGAGACUCUGGAUGUUCAGGUGCAACUGGAAGCAGGAUUCCUUUGUAGUCAGGAAAAGGUCUGGAAUUUGACCUCAGUAUCUUCCCAAGUCAGGAUAAUUUGAGGAAAUGAACAGUUCGGAAACUUUUUUUUUUUCUGCAGACCAGACUUUAUUCCCAAUCCUAAUAUCUAAAGAUUCUUUCUUCUUUUUACUGAAUACUCUCUUUUCAUUUUCUCCUUUCUGCAUAAAUUUCUUUUUAUUUUGUAUCCUUUUCCCUUCCUUGUAUCUGUCGCCUCCUUUUUACCUUUUUUCCUGUAUUUUCUGUAAAAUCAAUUAACGUUGGCGUGUUUAUGUUUUAAAAUGAAGGUAAACUUUGAAAGUUGAGCCUGGAAAAGUAUGAAACUUCUCCAGUAAAGUCGUAGAAAUCCUGUGAGGGAGUAAGUAAAGUAAACUUGUAAGUGUCUGAGGGUUUGUGGAAGUCGAUGAGAAAGAACAAGGAAAAUGUUGUGGAAGAAAGAAAGAAAGUUUGUUUUUGUUCGAUAAUUAGGGAAAGCGGUGACCCGACUGAACAACUGAGCAUCCAGAGUCUCGCUGUUCCAAGGGCUUGUUCUGUAAUCAGCAAGAAGAACUGUAGAGCAAUGUCAUCCCAGCCUAUAACCCCGUAAAUGCUGAUUAUGUCUGCUUCUAGAAAGACGAGCCUCUGGUGUCGGUGGAAGAGCGAUCCUACUUGCUUUUAUUACUUAGGCGCCAGCUAGAAGGCUUAAAGCAUAACAUAAAACUGCCAGUCUAAUCCUGUAGUCCAGCCAUGCCUGUAAACAUACCAGUGUUGGGUUUAUUUUUACUGUUAAUAUACCUUAACUUUUCCGUCCGUGUGGUGUGGCAAAAGCAUCUGCAUGAAAAGCAACAUUGCCUACAUGUCCCAGCAUGCAUCUGGAGAAAAGGUUAAAGCAAGGCUAAAACCAAAAUAGAUUAAAUUUUAAAAAUAGGGAAGGAGUAAUGGGGUGUGGGAGGGAUCUGUAUUUCUUCAGGUUUUUGUGUUUUGUGUGUUUUUAUGAAUAUGAGGCCUUAAAUAGAGGCAAGCACUGUUUUCAAUAAAGUUUGUUGCUAUGUUUUAGUUGCACUUAGUCGGUUCUGGGGAUCAUUGCUGAACUAACCUGAACAUAUUUGAUUUUUCUCAGAAGUCAGCUUCAGACUAAAGGAAAAGGGAAAUGCAGUACCAACAUUGGCCAGCAGGUGGGAGCAUUUCCCACCUAGAAAGUACUUGAAAUCAGCCAUGUUCCUAAAAUGCCUAAACAUUAACUCGUAUCUGCUCUUUUGUUUUAUAGCUAACCUUUACCGACAUCUAUAUUUAAAUCCUGACAUUAAUGAAAACAUGUUUUGUCUGGUAACGAUAUAAGCUAAUAAUUUAACUAAUGUUGCAUUUUUUUUCCACAGAGGGAAUUCAUGUG